AUGGCUUCCCUCUCACCGUUCCCGCAGGUCUCAAAUAACUACGUCUCUUGUCACGUUUUGCCUGGUUCUCGGCCUUCUCCUACGGCCAGCGUCGUCUCUCCGGUGGACGCCUCCCCUCUUCGGCUUGGGGGGCCGACCUCGGCUAUGCCGCCACUGGAACAGUUCAUCGGGAAGGGUCAAUCUAAAGCUCAGCAAUCCAGUCGAUCUUUUGCGGAUACUCUCAAACAGACGAAGGGAAGUCGGCAAGCUGAUGUUCCUGCCUAUGACUACACGGUUCUACAGCCUUCUUUGGUCAAUGAUAAACCCUGUCUUAUCAUUUCGGAAGGGUUCCAUCAACGACAAGUGCGAUCAUUCUCUCAUGCCCUGCAUGGCCGGAUUAUCCUUCGCAAGGGGGAUCGUCCUCAUUUUGCUGCUGAUUUGCAUGUCGAGUUACAGCAGUUAUGGAAGCCGGAUUUAUCUUGGGAAAUUAUUCCUCUGGGUAAAGGUUACUUCACCCUGAAAUUCUCCUCUGCGCAAGAUAUGGCGCUGGCUUUCGCUAAAAAUACAUGGAAAUUACGUCCGGGCAUCUUGCAUUUGCAGACUUGGGUCCCAAAUUUUGAUCCAUACAAGGAUUCAUCCACUAAAGCACAAGUUUGGAUUCGUGUUUUUAAUUUACCUCACGAGUAUUGGCAUCCGGAGGUGCUUUCUGGUAUUGCUAGACACGUAGGGGCACCAAUUGUUAUUGAUGGUUUAUCUGCUCAUGCUUCUGUGGGUCAUUUUGCGCGUAUUUUGGUUGAGAUGGAUGUCUCCAAGGCUGUGCCUGAUUUUUUUGAUGUCAAAUGUGGGGAUCGGGUUUUUGUUCUCGAAUUUGGAUAUGAAGACCUCCCAUAUUAUUGUCACUCUUGUUGUGUUGUUGGCCAUGCUACUACCUCUUGCAGGAGAUCUAAAGAGGGGAUGAAUGAUACUGAGGGUCAGCCCGCUGGCAAAGGUACUGACCCAGCCCCUGUUCAGCAACAUCGCUCCAAAUAG